CACAUAAAAAGAGCGCGUUGUCGUGGAGAAGAGUAUCAGAAGCGUCUCGUCCAGCAGAACAAGAAACGUCCUCAUCGUGGAAGCGCUCAAACGCAUCGCCUGUGCUGUUAUAUAGAUAAUAAAAAAUGGCAAUGCCGAAAGCAAAUGAUUUGACAGCAGCCGUCUUCAUAGCAGCCAUCACCCUGCUGCUGGGCACGGCUAAUGGCAGCAUUUAUCAGACGAACGACGCCAUCGUUUUCGAAUUCGACAGGACGUGGGAUGGCUCUCUUCUCGCAAAGCGUUACCCUCCUAGCCAAUCGGAUUAUUUGCCAAUAAAGGCUUUUCUGAAUGGCGGCGUUAUCCCUCCUUCACACAUCCCCAUGAUGGACCCGUUUACAAAAAGCAAUCGGCACAGUAGCAACGUUCAGAGUUAUUAUAGCUGGCUGCAUUACCAUCCGUUGAUGUACGCUGGAGCGCGUGUUGCUCCAGAGUCCCCUCCUAACGAGACCCGUACAGCACAAUGCGGUGCUGGGCCUACUGAUAGGUCUACCCAUCAACGUAUUAUCGGCGGAAGUGAGGCUAUUCCCAAUUCCUGGCCUUUUGUAGUAGGCCUAAGCAUAGUAACUGGUGAGGGGAACUUAAUCAUCUGUGGCGGAUCUCUAAUUUCCGAAACUAAAGUUCUGAUCGCGGCUCGCUGUGUAGAAAGAUUCAGCAUGAUAGAUAUGUUUUUCGCGACUUUGAAACUUGGCAUGCACGAGCUGGAUGACUCACAAGCAACGAGGCGAAUCUCUCGAAUGAUGGUCCAUAAAGACUAUAACCCCAAAACAAACUCUUCUGAUAUCGCCAUUAUAACAAUGGACGCACCUGUCACUUUCACAAAAGCCAUUUCACCCGUCUGCUUGCCGGCAGUAAGUACUAACGUCGAUGCCCACGCCGGAAAGGUUGCCUACAUCAUGGGAUGGGGACCGACAAUUUCAACUAAAAAACAAGCAGCAGCCAAAUUGAUGAAAGAGGCCGUUUCGAUCAUAAAGGUUGAAGAAUCAGCUGAAACCACACCAGCAGCCAAAUUGAUGCAAGGGGCCGUUUCGACCAUAACGUCCGAAGAAUGCAAGGCCAUCUACCGGAAUCCUGGUCAAAUUUCUCGCUCUAUGUUGUGCGCUUCUAGUAGCGUAUCCGAUUUUUGCCAAGGUGACAUUGGCGGUCCACUGGUUUUACAAGCUUCCAACGGAUUGUGGACUCAAAUCGGCAUCGCUAGUUGGUCAGCUGGGUGCCAAAGUGAAACUGAAACUGCAAGUGUUUACACGAAUGUGGCGUUGCUAAGACCGUGGAUCAACACGAACAUGAUCGAUUGAUGUGUGACACAACGCAAAAGAUACACGACUCGGCAAACGGACAAAGAUUAUUCGAAACGUGCAUUAACUUUGAGUUUCCUAUUUAAAAAAAAAUAUAUUAUUCAUUCUUCCAAUUGGCUUGACACAUCUGAAAAAAGAUGAAAAUUGGUGUCCAGAUUUUUUGUUUUCUGAAUACAAACUGCAAAUCAAAAAUUC